AUGGCAUCAAAGGAUCUAGAUGACUGCAUCCAGGCGGUACCUGCGACUCGUUCUUCAAGCGACGCUGGUGAUGAUUCUGGCAAAGAUGUCAGGCUCGGCAUCGUCGAGGCCAACGUCCUGCAGGAACGAACCAUAGGACUCUUCGGGGCCGUGUCCUUGAUUGUGAACAAGAUUAUCGGCGCGGGCAUCUUCUCGACGCCCAGCACCAUCUUCAAGCUCUCGGGCAGCGUUGGCAUGGCCCUGAUGUGCUGGGUCAUCGGUGCCGUCAUCUCCACGUGCGGCAUCUUCGUCAUGUUGGAGUUUGGGAGCGCCAUCCCCAGGUCGGGCGGCAUCAAGAACUACCUCGAGCGUUCCUUCAGCCCGCGGGUGAUGCAGACCUGCAUCUACGUCUUUUACUGCGUCUUCUUGCAGGUUUCGGCUAGUAAUGCCAUCACCUUCUCUUCCUACAUCCUCGUGGCGUCCGGUGCCGACUCGACGACGUGGAAGCUCCGCGGUGUCGCCAUCGCCGGCGCCGUCUUCUCCGUCGGGAUCCAUACAGUCGCGCCUCGCGUGGGCAGGGGCAUCCAGGAUCUGCUUUCGGCCGUGAAGCUGUUCACCCUCCUCUUCAUCGUCUGUUGCGGGUUCGCUGCCCUGGCCGGGCAUCUGAGGGUGGAGAGUCCUCACAACUUCACCAACGCCUUUGAGGGCACGUCGAACAGCGGGUACAACAUCGGCACUGCCAUUCUGAACGUCAUCUUUUCCUUCCAAGGUUACGACAACGUCAACGCUGUGUUGUCUGAAGUCCGCAAUCCGCAAAAGACGCUGAGAAUCGCCUUGCCUCUCUCGAUGAGCGUGAUUGCCGUGCUGUAUCUGCUGGCGAAUGUUGCAUACUUCGCCGUCGUGCCCAAGGAAGCCUUCAUCGCCGCAAAGGUUACCGUCGCCGCGACCUUGUUCGAGAACGUCUUCGGCGCAUCGGCUGGAGCCAAGGCUCUUCCAGCAUUAGUAGCGCUCUCCGCCCUCGGACAUCUCCUCGGAGUUGCCUUCACCAUUCCGCGGCUGUUGCAAGAACUCGCAAAGGACGGGGUGCUGCCGUUCUCGAACCUGUUCAUGGAGAACAGGCCCUUCCGCACGCCCAUCUACGCCCUGCUUCUUCAUCUCGGCGUGACGAUUCUCUUCAUCUGCGCCCCGCCGGCCGGAGACGCCUUCAGCUUCGUCGUUAGUCUGUCGAGCUACCCGACCACUGUCCUGUUGACGGCGAUCACGGUUGGUCUCGUGAAGCUGCGUUUCACCGACCGGGAGAAUUUCCAAUCGCCGCUCCGCGCCCCUUGGGUCUUGAUCGGCAUCUAUCUUGCAGCGAACAUAUUCUUGAUCGUCAUGCCGUUUGUGCGACCGCCAAACGGCAAAGGCAGCACUUCGCUCCCCUACUGGCUGUCGUCCGUGGUGGCUUUGGGCAUCCUUUCUCUUGGCAUCAUCUACUAUGCUUUACGGUUCGUCAUUGUGCCCAGGAUCUUCGGUUAUAGACAUCGAGAGAUCCAGCAGGAACUCAGUGACGGGUCUACGGUUACCAGGUUUCAGAGGGUCAAGAGAUGA